AUGGCCCCUUGGGUAGCUCAGGGAAACCCUGAAGGAUAUAGAAUCAUGAAUGGACCUUUCAAUGUCGAGAAAGCACACUAUCUUCUUGUCCGCACGUGUCCUGUAGGAAAAAGCUGGACGGGUGAGGAAAAACAAACACCUGAACCCUUUCACAUAAUGAACGAACAAUGUGCCAAGGGACCAUCGACAAUGCUGGGAGAAUGUGAAACCAGAAAACUAGUUGCCAAUUGUGAGCAGGUCGUCCGUGAGGGCGUUGAGGAAUUUUGCAAAAAGUAUAAUACUUCGCCGGCAUGUGCUUGGUUGCCAACAACUACUCUGCCUCCAAUCACUGACAACCCAUCGGAAUCCACAACCUCCACUUCCAACAAUCUUCCACUAAUCAUUGGAGCUGUUGUCGGAGUUGUUCUCAUCAUUGCCAUUGCAAUUGGUCUCUUCUGCUACUGUCGUAAGAAGAAGAUGUCGAAGAAGGGCGGGCAAGGAUCUGGAACAACUACUGGUGGUACAACUGGCGGUACCACUCAACAAUCUGGAAUGACUUCUACUACUCGUACAAAAAGCAAGAACUCGACGAUGGUUUGA